UCCGUAAAACUCGCGCGACUUCCGCUGUCAGUGUUAAAUAUGGCCACGUCUAGACUGGAGAUCAAUUUUAUCAGAUUAUUAUCCCGCUGUGAAUCUCUGGCUUCAGAAAAAAGAGGCGAAACGGAAUGGAGACUAGAAAAGUAUGUUGGUGCUCUGGAGGAAAUGCUUGUGGCUUUAAAAAAGAAUCCCAGCAAACCAACACCAGAAAUACUGACAGAUUAUACCCGUAAAGUGGACUUCCUCAAGGGUCUCCUGGAGGCGGAAAGACUGCCAUCUCCAGCCGAGAAAUCAUUAGCCAAUCAGUUUUUGGCUCCUGGGCGCACACCCACCAUAUCCAGCGAGAGGACGCCAGCCAGCAAAACCGUCCACAUACAGAGUAAAGCACGAUGUACUGAAGAAAUGAAGAAGGAACUCAUGAGCACAGGAGGUUCAAAUUCUGGUUCAUUUGAUUCCGAUCUGAGACACAGAAGGAGUAUCCCCGUGGAUGAGCGACAGUCCGCUGCGGAGCUGGACGCGAUUCUUCAACAACAUCACAACCUGCAGGAGAAGCUAGCAGAAGAUAUGUUGAACCUCGCACGCAACCUGAAGAAUAACUCGCUCGCUGCUCAAAACAUCAUUAAACAAGACAACCAGGUGCUGACUCAGUCCAUGCGACAGGCCGACGUGAACUUCGAAAAGCUCAAGACGGAGUCGGAUCGCCUGGAGCAGCACGCCAAAAAAUCCGUCAACUGGUUCCUGUGGCUGAUGCUUAUAAUCGUCUCCUUCACCUUUAUUAGCAUGAUCCUAUUUAUAAGACUGUUCCCAAAACUCAGAUGAUGUACGACAUUAGAAUAGACUGGAUUUAAUUUAUCUAUAGCAGCAUAUAAGGCGUUUUUGGCCCGACUGUAGCCUUAAAUUUAGCUAUUAAACAAGAUCACAUUCAGCUGACAGCCAUAAUCUUUAUAGGGCUGCUCCCAAAAUUCACAUUGUUACCUGCAUGCCAUGUUAUGAUAUCUUUGUGUCUACAGUUGAUGCUUACUAACAAUUGAGUGUCUCUGUAUUUGAUCCCCCACAUGGUAACACUAAGUAUUAGGUAGCUUUAACCAGAUUAGUCAGUUUAUGAUUUCAUAUCCAACUACGCCAGUCUCCGUUUAAUAUGAGACGCGUGCAGAGUUUUUCCAUGAGUACAGUGGGACAAAAGUGGUACAACUUCAGUUUUGCAUUGAAAAGAGUUGCAAUUAAAGUUUCUUGUGUACGAUGGACGUGCAAACGGACCGUGGCUCUAUUCUGAUACAUGCAGACCUGUUCAGACAGGAAGAGUUCUGGCAAACAGCGGGAAGUAUUUUUGCUCAUUGGAUGGAAGCACACAUGGCUCAGAUAGGAAAAGUGGAUACGACAACCUCAGGGAACUCGGCCGGAAAAUAAAGCCCCUUAUUUAGCUGCCCCCUUACUUAAAGAUCUAUUUGUGCACGCUGUUCUCUUUAUAGCACAAAGUCUUGCAGAUGGAUGGAGUAUUCAGUAUUGCUCAGAUAUGGUUAUCAUAUGUGUCAUUGGUUAACGUCUGUGUGUUUUUUUUACUGUGGAGCAAAGUGUUUGGUUUGUUGAUGGGUGUAAAUGGCUGUUUUUUGUGGACUGUCAUUGAUUAUAUGUGUUGCUUGUGUUGACUUUGAUUCAUCCACCUGACCACAGAACAGUUGUAUUGAUGGUUUUCUAUCAAAUGGGUUCACUGUGAAGUGAUAACAGAAAGGUAUUUGGAAGCAAAAAUGCAGCGUCUGUUAUUUUAAUAAAAUAAUUUGCAAUCCA